AUGGCUUCUGCUUUUCGUUCUGUCUUUCGCUCAAAUAAUGAGAGCAUUCGUCUUUAUGUAAAAUCCCAAAACCAUAGAAAUGUAUUUUUGAUAAACAUGCGGUCUGGAAAAUGGGUUUCCACGAAUUGGAAGAUGCCUAAAGCUGUUGAUACAUGUUGGAGACUAGUUUCCAAAUGCACUAAACUGUUCUCCAACGGAAUGGCAACUUCUACUGAUAGCAUCGGCAGAAACACACCUGAGACCAAAGGACGUAUUGGUCAUUUGAAGGAAGUGAUUCUUCACAUGUCAAAUCAAUGCAGCCAGUCCACCAAAGUUGCAAUCUUGUUAAUAUUUGCAUUGAUAAUCAUUCCAAAGGCUGAUGCUGUAGAUGCCCUAAAAACUUGUACGUGCUUAUUGAAGGAGUGCAGGUUAGAGCUUGUGAAGUGCAUUGCUAACCCCGCUUGCGCAGCUAAUGUUGCUUGUCUUCAAACUUGUAAUAAUAGACCUGACGAGACUGAAUGCCAGAUAAAAUGUGGUGAUUUGUUUGAGAAUAGUGUUGUUGAUCAGUUCAAUGAAUGUGCGGUCUCUCGAAAAAAAUGUGUACCCCAAAAAUCAGAUGUGGGUGAAUUUCCAGUACCUGAUCCUGCAGUUCUUGUCAGAAGUUUUGAUAUGAAAAACUUCAGUGGGAAGUGGUAUAUAACCAGUGGCUUAAACCCAACAUUUGAUACCUUUGACUGCCAAUUGCAUGAGUUUCACAUUGAAGGGGACAGACUCGUCGGAAACUUAUCAUGGCGAAUACGAACUCCGGACAGUGGAUACUUCACUCGGACUGCUUUGCAAAAAUUUGUGCAAGACCCGAAAUAUCCAGGAAUUCUCUACAAUCAUGACAAUGAGUUUCUUCACUACCAAGAUGACUGGUAUAUCUUGUCCUCCCAGAUUGAAAAUAAACCAGAUGACUAUGUGUUUGUGUAUUACAGAGGAAAGAAUGACGCAUGGGAUGGGUAUGGUGGUGCUGUUGUUUACACAAGAAGUGCAGUAAUGCCGGAGAGCAUCGUCCCUGAAUUGGAAAGAGCAGCGCAAAGUGUUGGCCGUGACUUCAACAAGUUCAUCCGGACGGACAACACAUGCGGACCUGAACCACCACUUGUGGAGCGACUGGAGAAGACAGUGGAAGCCGGAGAGAAGACAAUCAUCAAAGAGGUCGAAGAAAUAGAGGAGGAAGUGGAGAAGGUGAAAGAUACUGAGGUGACACUGUUUAAACGGUUGGCAGAAGGAUUUAAAGUGCUCCAAGAAGAUGAAGAAUACUUCCUGAGGGAGCUUAGCAAGGAAGAAAUGGAUAUAUUGGAUACACUGAAAAUGGAAGCUGGCGAGGUCGAGAAGCUUUUUGGGCGUGCAUUGCCAAUUAGGAAGUUAAGAUAG